AUGGAAAAGCCCCCACGCGAGAAACAGACCCGUGAUGUGAAAAAACGCCGUAGUGAAAACGCAAGAAAAAAUGUUGAACAAUUUGCAACAAUCCCAGUAACCAUAGAUAAAAAAACGAUGUACUAUUGUCCGUUUUGUUCCCGGUGUUUUCUGUAUGCGUGUAACAAAAAUCACCGAAACACAUGUGAGAAGUACACGGACCCCAAAUACGAAGUUUUCAAACGAGAUUUUGAGAGGAGAGAAGAUGCGUAUCGGAGCCAAGCGAAAAAAGAGGUGAUGAAAUAUUUAGGGGAAAAGAAACACAAACGCCCCUCCCGCAACGCAAAAAUCACAAUGGACUUUGACAGCAAUUUUGAAGACCAAAAUAACACUAAUCCACAAAAAGUCCUUCUCGAGACAAAUAGUAUAAAUAAUAGUAUUAAUACUAGUAUUAAUACUACUUUAAAUGGGAUCGCAAGUACUCCCGCAUCACACCCAAUGGUCCAUCCAUUGGCACAAAAUACCGUCAAUGAGGUCUUAUCACAACUCCAACAACCAAUGAAUGACUCACUUCAAUUACCUAUACCAAGUUCAAUGAUGCCUCCUCAACCGCCUCAUAUGUCACAAGAAAGAAAAGACUAUAGAGAUGAAUAUGGUGGAGGAGAGAAGCAGAGACUCGAGAAGAAAGACCUCAAUUCAACAUCUCCAUUGGGAUGUGAGGCUUUACCACCAUCCCCUUUCUUGUCCGAUAAAUUGGGAGAACAAAAUUGCGAUGCAAAUCCAUUUCCAAUGUUUUUAUGUCCGGAGGUCGACGAUAAACAAGAGAAGGUCGACACCUCCAAAAACGCUAUUAUCUCAGAGGUCUUUCAUAUGGCCAAUUUGCAAAAGAAAAGUUGUUUGGAGACCGCUAAAAUCCUCAAAGAAAAGUUCUGUAAACCAACAAAGACAAAAAGAGACGAAGAAACUCGUCGUGUUGUUUUGAGUAAAAUAUUCUCGGGAACAGCAGCACUUCUCGAGAAAAAGGCCGGGAUGGGACAACGGCAAAGUGGAGCAGUGGAAGAGAUCAUUCAAAUCUUUACUCAUCUCUUUAUGGAAGAUCAAAACCCCGACGAGUUUUUAAGAAGUAUCCAUAUAUCACACACUAACUUGAAAGCUAUUGCUGGAUCCUUUUUACCACAAAAGAAUCAACCAGUUAAGGAAAAAUAA